GCUCAUAUCCUGUAUAUUGGGCACUGUACAGUAGUGUAAGACACUCGAUCAGCCCUAUAAAACUCAGCCAGGACAAAAAGACUCAGGUCAUUCCAAGACCCUGAAGAUGAAGUGCUUCAAGAUCCCCGUUCUUUUUGUAUUAGUUAAUCUUGGACUUAGUUUAACUGUACCCCUCAACUCUGAAACCGAACAAUUUAGCGAAAACGACUGGAAUCAAUGCCGGAAAUACCUCAAACGAUUUUACAACAUGACCGAGUCAAAAUGGAGAAAAACCGACACCGGGAUGAAGAAGAAGAUUAGGGAAAUGCAAGAAUUCUUUGGUCUGCAAGUGACUGGGAACUUGAACCGCGAAACUCUGGAAGUGAUGAAGAAGGACCGCUGUGGGGUACCAGACGCGGAGCAGUUCACUUUGUUUCCCGGACGACCCCGGUGGUCACACAAUAGAAUUACCUACAGAAUUGUGAACUACACACCAAACCUAAAGAGACAAGAGACAGACACCGCCAUUGCCCUGGCCUUUAAAGUCUGGAGCGAUGUUACUCCGCUGACCUUUUUUAGACAGGCCGUUGGAGAAGCUGAUAUCAUGAUAUUGUUUGCGCGAGCCAAUCAUGGGGACUUUAAUCCGUUCGAUGGACGGGGUGGGAUUUUGGCUCACGCGUUUCCUCCUGGAUCGGACAUCGGUGGCGAUACUCACUUUGAUCAGGAUGAAAGGUGGACAUUGUCCAGAGAUGGAAUCAACUUGUUCCUGGUUGCGGCUCAUGAAUUUGGACAUGCACUGGGACUGGGUCACUCAAAGGACAGAUCUGCUCUAAUGUUCCCCACCUAUUCGUAUGUCAAUACCAACGGGUUUCGCCUCUCAGCCGACGAUGUUAGAGGAAUCCAGGCUUUAUAUGGACCUCCUGAAGAUUCUAGACAAACAAAACCACAGCCAAAACCACCAAAACCGACUAAAGCCUGGGACAGGUGUAAUCCCCAACUGUCAUUUGAUGCCAUUACCAGUCUACGUGGUGAAGUCUGGUUCUUUAAGGAUGGAAUCGUUUGGCGAAAACACCCUUGGCGCACAAAUGUGACUUCAAUUCCAAUCAAGAAUAUUUUUCCCAACAUUCAGUCUGUUGAUGCUGCAGUUGAAUUAAAGGACAGAGAUUUGGCUAUUUUCUUCAAAGGAUCACAGUACUGGUUAAUUAGGGGAUUCAGGACUUUGGAAAGGUAUCCUCAGAGUAUCAGAUUUUUUGGGUUUCCAAGAUCUGUUAAACACAUAGAUGCUGCUGUAUAUAUCAAGGAGAGAAAAAAAGUAUUAUUCUUCGUGAGAGGAAAAUACUGGAGUUAUGAUCUGAGGAGAAAACAAAUGGAAAGAGGAUACCCAAGAAGAAUAAAUGAUGACUUUCCUGGAAUAGGAAACAAAGUAGAUUCAGCUUUUCAAAACUCUGGCUACCUCUACUUAUCAAGUGGACCAAUACAAUAUGAAUAUGACUACAGGAACAAACGAGUUAUCCGUGUUUUGAAAAUAUUAAGCUGGCUAAAUUGUGAUUAAUUAACAAUAAGUGCUUGCCUUAAUAACUACCUAACAUUUAACUAUCAGAGUACUGUGUUCUUUGAAAGCAUAGGUCCUUAUUUUGGCAAAUUUUAAAGCUGACUGUUUUGUUAUGGAAAAGGGCAGUAAGUUUUGAUAAUUCAAAUUUCUAGAUACAUAAAUGGAUUAUAUUUUCAAACACUUGUUUCAAAAAGUGCUUAAUAUCUUUCAAUGAUGAUUAAUUGUGUUUUAUGUGAAAUACAGAAAGCAUAACUUUGAAUGAUAUCAAAUUAUGGAUUGAACCAGCUUAGAAUGCAUGUCACUGCAGUGUUAUUACGCUUGACUUCCAUCAUUUAAAUAAUUUGUUACUAUUAAAGAGCUUGCUUAAUACCCUU